CUUACGAAAGUUGAAAAUCAUGUCGACCUCAGUGUUUCAAAUUCUUCUGCUUCUGGUUUCCCUCAAGUUGCAAGCAUCAGGUGCUGCACCUGGACUUGCGAAGCCUAACUGUCGUGAAACAUGCGGGAACGUCACCAUUCCCUUCCCCUUCGGAAUAGGAGCCGAGUGUUUCUUGGAUGACUGGUACCAGAUCAUCUGCCAACAAAACAACACGGUUCCCAUUCUGAAGAAGAUUGGAUUGCGAGUUCUCGACAUUUCACUCCCUGAUCGAUACCAAAAUGGCAUGAUUGACAUUAGCCUUCCUGUAAUUUACUCAAAUGCAAGCUGCGGGGGUGACGGACGUGCUGUGGGGGUAAGCUUGGAAGGAAGUCAAUUUGUCUUCUCCCAGACAAUGAAUGUCUUUACAUUGGUCGGUUGCAACACCCUGGCCACAGUGAAUACCACAAAAUCAGCUUUUGUCGGUUGCAGCUCGAGAUGUGCUGAAACCAACACCAGCAUUAGCAGCAAUACUGCUUGUUCCGGGAGGGAUGGCUGCUGCCAGACUAGGCUUCCCCUUAACCUUCAGCACUUUAGUGUGGAUUUCAAAGAAGAAGGUGGACAUCAGGGGUGCAAGUACGCUAUCUUGUCGUCUUACUUUCCAGCUUUAUAUGAUUUGAAAUUGAAUGAGACGAUUCCAGCGGUGCUUGAAUGGGGGAUUGCGAACAAUACUGACUAUGGACGCAAGCUCAUCCAGCAGUCGAAGACUACUACUUAUCCUUCCGUAUGUAGCACACAAAGCGGUUACAACAGUGAACUGCUAUUUACACAGUGCUAUUGCUUUGGGGGGUACUAUGGUAACCCAUAUCUUAUGGAAGGAUGCAGAGGAGCUGCACCUAAACCAUCAGGAGCUGCACCUCGACCAUCAGGAGCUGCACCACCUCAAAGCCGUUACUGUGCUGAAACAUGCGGGAACGUCACCAUUCCCUUCCCCUUCGGAAUAAGAGCCUGGUGUUUCUUGGAUGACUGGUACCAGAUCGCCUGCCAACAAAACAACAUGGUUCCCAUUCUGAAAAGGAUUGGAGUGCGAGUUCUCAACAUUUCACUCCCCGAUGAAGACCUGGGUGGCAUGAUUAACGUUAGUCUUCCUGUGAUUUACUCAACUGCAAGCUGUAGGGGUGACGAACGUGGUGCAAUGGUAAGCUUAAAAGGAAGUCCAUUUGUCUUCUCCCAGACAAGGAACAUCUUUACAGUAGUCGGUUGCAACGCUCAAGUGACAGUAAAAAGUACAGAAUCAGCUGUUUUUGGAUGCCGGUCGAAAUGUGUCGGAGCCAACUUCACCAAUAGCAACUAUAGUGCUUGUUCCGAGAGCGAAGGAUGCUGCCAGAGUUCGCUCCCCUUUAACCUGCAGGGCUUUGAUGUGGAUUUCGAAGAAGAAAGCGGAGAUGAGGGGUGCAAGUACGCUUUCUUGGGGUCUGAUUCAGCUGUUUAUGAUUUGAGAUCGAGUGAUACGGUUCCAGGGGUGUUGCAGUGGGGGAUUGCAAACAAUACCGACUAUGCACUUGACCUUUUCAAGCAAGGAUACUAUAUCGUUAAUAAAUCUUUCUCCUGUAUAAGAUAUAGAAGCUACAGCGUCGACAGUGGUGAAAUACUAUUUGUGCAGUGCCAUUGCCGUAUGGGGUAUCGUGGUAAUGCCUAUCUUAUUGGAGGAUGCAAAGAUAUUGACGAAUGUUAUUCAUGGUGCCCCGGGACUUGUGUGUUCGAACGGGACUCCUUUCGCUGCGUCGGUGGUGGAAAGACCAAGUUCAUUCUUAUUGGGGUUGGGGCAGGCCUUGGGGCACUACUUUUGUGUCUUGUCUUAUGGGGGCUGUACAAAUACAUCAAGAAGAGAAAAGAAAUCAAGCUUAAAGAGAAGAACUUCAAACGUAAUGGCGGUCUUUUGUUGGAAAGUGAGCUAUCUUCUAAAGGCCAUGUCAAGAAAAACAAAUUGUUCAACUCCAAGGAUCUAAAAAAGGCUACUAACAAUUUCAACAAGGAUAGGAUACUUGGGCAAGGUGGAUAGGGUACCAUUUACAAAGGAAUGUUGACAGAUGGAAAAAUAGUUGCUAUUAAGAAGUCGCAAGCAAUAGACGAGGGCAAAGUCAAACAAUUUAUAAAUGAAGUCUUCAUUCUCUCACAAAUCAACCAUAGGAAUAUCAUUAAGUUAUUGGGGUGUUGCUUGGAGACAAAAGUCCCACUUUUAGUAUACGAGUUUAUACCAUAUUUGCAUGACCCAAAUGAAGAGUAUCAUGUAUCAUGGGACACACGCCUACGAAUUGCAACUGAAACUGCAGGAGCCUUAUUCUACUUGCAUUCGGCAGCCUCAAUUCCCAUAUAUCAUCGAGACAUCAAGUCCACUAAUAUCCUCUUGGAUGAGAAAUAUCGAGCAAAAGUGGCAGAUUUCGAUACUUCCAAGUCUAUUUCCCUCGAUCAAACUCAUGUAACCACAUUGGUCCAAGGGACUUUUGGCUACCUAGAUCCCAAGUAUUUCCAAUCAAGUCAAUUUACAGACAAAAGCGAUGUGUAUAGCUUCGGAGUUGUUCUUGUUGAACUCUUAACGGGACAAAAGCCAAUCUCGUCACUGAGGGAACAAGAAGGCAGAAGCCUUGCAACCUAUUUCAUAAUUUCAAUGGAAGAAAAUCGGUUGUUCGACAUUGUAGAUGCUCAAGUUUUGAAAGAAGGUAAGAAAGAAGAGAUUGCAUCAUUUGCUAACCUUGCGAAAAGAUGCUUGAACUUGAAUGGGAGGAGCCGGCCUACAAUGAAAGAAGUGGCAAUGGAGUUAGAGGGGAUGAGAAAGCUCCCAGAUCCUUUGGGUAUUCAGCAAAAUCAAGAGGACCGAGAGGCAGCUGAAUCUUAUGCUGCUGCAUGUAAGUCCAGCAAGUCAAACAUUGACACCGAUGUCACUACAUUUUCGGAUGUGCAGCCAUUCUUACCUAGUGAGACGUGGUGAAGAUCUGUUUUGCCUCUUACACUUGUGAGUUAUAUUGCUGCGUUUGUCAUGGAAAUCAGUCUUCAGAGCAAAAGAAAGAAAAGAAAGAAAGGAGGAAAGCUUGUUAAUUUACUAAUAGGAGGAUUUUGGUUUGUUAUGUAUUGGUAAUGAACUUAUUCUCGGUGUUUGGGAUCAAUAAACUGUUAAGUCAUGCCAAUCCCAAGUUUAUUCUAGUUCUGUAA